AGAAAAAAAGAGGGAGAAGAACAAAACAUGAAAUUUGAGCUUGUCUUCAUCCCCUAUCCUGGAAUUGGUCAUCUUGGAGCAACUGUGGAGAUGGCGAAGCUACUAGUUGACCGUGAAACCCACCUUUCUAUCUCCGUAUUCAUCCUUCCUUUCAUUUCCGGGGGCGAAGUCGGUGCUUCCGAUUACGUUGCAGCACUCUCCGCCGCAUCCAACAACCGCCUCCGCUACGAAGUCAUCUCCGCAGGAGAUGAACUAACCUCCGAGCUGACGAGUAAUUAUGUCCAUGUCGAGAAGCAAGUGCCAAAGGUUAAACGCGCCGUCACAAAACUUGUCAACGAGUACUCGACGCUACCGGACUCCCCGAGGAUUGUGGGGUUCGUCCUAGACGUGUUUUGCACCUCAAUGAUAGAUGUGGCUAACGAGUUUGGUUUUCCGAGUUAUAUGUUUUACAUAUCCAGUGCAGGGAUACUCGCACUUGGAUAUCAUAUUCAGAUGUUGUACGAUGAGAACAAAUACGAUGUGAUUGAAAGUGAUUAUUUAGACUCGGAAGCUGUGUUGAACGUUCCGAGUUUGAGUCGUCCUUAUCCGGUGAUGUGUCUUCCUCAUGCUCUUGCAUCUAAAGUGUGGCUCCCCUUGUAUGUAUACCAAGCGAGAAAAUUUAGAGAGCUGAAGGGUAUUUUGAUUAAUACUGUUGCUGAGCUUGAACCUUAUGUGUUGAAGUCUCUUUCGAGUGGUGAUAGUGAUACUCCUCCUGUUUAUCCUGUUGGACCAUUGUUGCAUCUGGAGAACCAUGCUGAUGGUUCCAAGGACAAGAAACAAUCGGAUAUUUUACGGUGGUUAGACAAGCAACCACCUAGUUCGGUUGUGUUCCUCUGCUUUGGGAGCAUGGGAGGCUUAAGUGAGGAACAAGUAAGAGAAAUCGCAAUCGCCCUAGAGAGAAGUGGCCACCGGUUUAUCUGGUCUCUCCGUCGUGAAUCUACUAAUAUAUUUAAAGAACCUCCUAGGGAGUUUACGAAUCUAGAAGAAGUUCUUCCGAAAGGAUUCUUUGAUCGGACGAAAGAUCUAGGAAAAGUGAUCGGAUGGGCUCCUCAAGUGGUCGUGCUUGCGAAUCCGGCUAUUGGAGGAUUCAUCACUCAUUGUGGGUGGAAUUCGACGCUAGAGAGCCUUUGGUUCGGUGUUCCAACGGCUGCAUGGCCAUUAUAUGCAGAGCAGAAGUUUACUUUUGUGAUGGUGGAGGAGCUUGGAUUGGCCGUGGAGAUAAGGAAAUACUGGCGAGGCAAUCAUUUAUCGGGGCCGGCAACGAUUACGGUGGAAGCGGAGGAGAUAGAGAUAGCAAUCAAGUGUCUGAUGGAGCAGGAUAGUAAGGUGAGGAAGAGAGUGAAAGAGAUAAGUGAGAAAUGCCAUAUGGCUUUAACGGAUGGUGGAUCGUCUCAAACUGCAUUGCAAACGUUUAUUCAAGACGUUAUGAAGAACAUUUGAGGUUGUUAAACGUUGAGCUAUAGAACUUGUUAAGGUUGAGGUGCAAGAUGCUGAGAGUGAGGGCAGUCCAAGCCGGUUAACCACAGCCGGAAAACAAUUUGGAUUAAUUUCUCCAAUGAUUUGAGCUGUGAUGCUUGUAAGAUAGCAAUUGAUUUAGAGGACAAUUUGGAUUUCUCUAAUGAUUAGAC